CCUCCCAUUCCUGAAGGAAAGAUUGUCCAAAAAAUAAACAUGGCAACUGUAGGUCAAGACAUUUUUGGGAAGAAGCGAUGUCUGAAAACUGCAAAUGAAUAUUUUCCAUCCAUCCCGAAAAGGUUUUUUGCCUCGCCAAAAUGGAUUGCAGUUGAACUCAGAGAUAUUAAACAUGAGCUAAAUCAAACAAAAAGUCUUUUGGAUAACUACCCCUUGAAUUCCUGGCACAAACACACAAGCCAAAUGAACACAGCAGGUCAAGUGAUGCCAAUCGUGAGGCAGGAGUUUCAACCAGAAUUUUGUAGCCAAGCGUGGUGCAAAAUGUACGAGUGUCUUAGCACUUUCUCUCUAAUUCCUGAACAUAUUACUCAACCAGACGUGUCUGCCCGUCCACCACGUUUUCUAUCAAUACAUUUAUGUGAAGCGCCGGGAGCCUUCAUUUAUGCAACUAAUCAUUUUCUAUCUAAUAAUUGCCCAACAAUUCAGUGGGAUUGGCUCGCCACCACCUUAAAUCCACACUACGAAGGAAAUGACAUCGGAACUAUGAUAAAUGAAGACAAGUUGAUCUUGAGUUCUUUGAAUAAUUGGAUUUUUCUCAAAGACACGACCGGGAACUUAAUGAACAGGGCUAAUUUGGACAGUUUGAUUGAGCAGGUUAAACAAAAAUGUCUUAGUUUGGAGCACUCCGUUGAUUUGGUCACUGCGGAUGGGAGCAUUGAUUGCCAAACGAAUCCCAUGGAACAGGAGAGCGCUGUUGAAGAAUUGCAGUUCACUGAAAUAAUUGCUGCCCUAUCAAUUUUGGGUUUCGGGGGAAGUUUUGUACUCAAAAUAUUCACCUUUUUAGAAUGUCAGACUAUUAGCCACUUGUACAUUCUGUGCUCUUUAUUUGAAGAAGUCCAUCUCUUUAAACCAGCCACGAGCAAAGAAGGAAAUUCAGAAGUUUAUGUCGUCUGUCUAAAGUACAGAGGCCGUAGAGUGUUCAGAAAUCAACUGGACUUUCUAAUAGAAUACGUGGGAUGCAAAACGUCCAUCUUGAGUAGGCGUGCCAUUAUUUCUAAGGCCCUACCAUUUUUUGGCACAUUCAUGAGCAAAAUUCUUGAAGCCGCCUCGUUUUUCACGCAAUCUCAACGGAACAUCAAAACUUGGGAGGAUAAAAGUGGAUUAUCUCUAACGUAUUAUCAACAUGACAUAAUGAAGCGUCAUGUGUCUUGGGAAUGGAUUGAUCGCUAUGAUGUGAGAUCUCUGCAUCCUAAAAAGUCUUUAUUUAAAUUGAGAUAUUUCCCGCGACAUAUUACACAUGUAGAUCCUAGAUUUGAGAUUGGGUGUCAUCACGAUAAACUCUUGUUGCAUCAAUCGACAGAUUUAUUGGUAAAAAUGGAACAAAUCAAACGACAAAUUGAGCAUUACCAGACAUUUGAAAGUAUGUCAUGGGAUGUGUCUGAAAUUUCGGGCUCAUUUACACAACUCUCUCCUCUCGUGGGUCGCCCAUACAAAAAUAUAUUGAGCUCUCGUUUCUGUUUUGGAAAAAUCCUACAAAUGCGAAGCGAUUUGAGAGCAGCUAUAGAACCCGUGUGGUCCUUAAAGCAUUGUAAAAUUUGGGUGGCUGGGCGCAAACAGUGUGAUACCACUGAUACUUGUAUUACCUGUAAUCCUGAAAGUAUUCGGUACCACUUUUCACGAGUGUUAACAGACUUGCCGCAAGAAGACUGGGAAUUUAGUUUCCUCUGCUGUGCAGAGUCAGUGAGUGACAUCUUGAAUUACUCUGAUGCCCAGAGAACUCGAAAAGCACUGCGAAAAAUGCUGCUGAAAAUUUCAAAACUUGAAAUUAACCAGUCCUUGUUCCUCUGCACAUUUCCACUCUUGUCAAGAAUUCAACUCGGGUUUAUGUAUGCUCUAAAUGCAAUUUUUAAUAUGGUUGUACUCGGUUCUGGAGGGAAUAUGUACGGUAAGGAGUACCCUCAAGGAAUUCUCCUCCACCGAUAUAAAGGCAUAAACUCCAUCAAAGAUCGGAAUAUGAUACUGGAACUAGUCCGUAUUGUCAAUUAGAUGGAUAAAAGUGAUGCAAAUAGGCGUGGUGAAGCCAUACUGGAAGUCGUACCAGCUAAGAACCUGAUUGAACUAGCCAACUUUAACGAUAUCUUGACCUACAAUUUAGUCAACACGGCAAAUGAAUUGUCCCAAAUUAUAACGGAAACUAAGGACGUCAUGACGCAGCUGAAAUCUGAUGAACCAAAUUCACUUACAUCUAUCUUGGAACCCUGAUCGGCCCAUUAAUUCACGCUGUUAUUUAAAUAUUACUUGUUAUUAAUUUUAACUAUCAUAACUACACAAAUCCAGACAAACCGAGUGAUUCGUGUCAUUCUUUGUAACUUUGAGACUGGUUCACAAAGAUUGAUAUCGAUAUCAAUCGAUUAGUAAAACUUUUAAAUCACCUUCAUAGAACGGGUAGUUAAAUUCAGAAUUAUAAUGUGUUCACACAUAAUUAUUAUACUAGAAAAUAUUGAGAUGUUUGCUGCUAAUAAAGAAACUUUU